GUGAUUUCAGAUUGAGGAGGUGAAUCGGGAGGUUAUUACAAGCGGUCAGGAGGUGGAGACGUGCAACAACCAGGUGACCGAACUGAGACGCCAAUUGCAAGCCCUGGAAAUCGAUCUCCAAGCUCAGCUCAGCCAGAGGGACAACCUGGAGUCCUCACUGGCGGAGACAGAGUGUCGCUACAACAACCACCUCGCUGAGCUGCAGAGCCAGAUCACCUGCGUGGAGCAGCAGCUGGCUGACCUGCGGGCAGAGAUGGAGUGCCAGAACCAGGAGUACAAGAUCCUGCUGGAUGUCAAGUGCCGCCUGGAGCAGGAGAUCCACACGUACCGCUGCCUGCUGGAGGGCGGCCAGCAGGACCUUAUUCAACAAGGAGGAAUUGGUCAGUCUUCAGGUCUAGGAGGAGGAGUUGCAAGAAGCAGUGGGAUAGGAGGAGGAGGCAUCAUUAGGACAAGCCACACUUACACUUCGUCUGCCCAGAUCCCAUCCUGUGCAGCUGCGGAGAUCCAAGUGCCUUGCCGAAGGAUUUGUGAUUAAGCAGAGAAACAAGAAUAUCCAAGAGAAGCCUGAAGCAGAGCUAUGGGUGAAGAGAGAAUAUUUAGUGCAUGUGUCUGCAGAGAGCACGGGGCGUGCUCGUCUGCGCCGCUCAGCCGUGCUAAGCAAUGUGCCAGAGGGAUGAGCAGAGCGUUGGGCCACAUUCUGCUUUGGUUUGCUAUUUGCUUUUCCAGUCUGUGUUGCUGUGUGUGGCCCAGCACCACGACUAUCGCUGGAGUCAGCCAGUGAUCAGCCAUCACUAAUGUGCCUGCUGCUGAAAAAUGUCUCUAAUAAAACUUUGCUUGUGCCUGAUGCAAUCAAGAA